AUAAUGUCCAAGCGGUGCUGGAGAGCUGGAUGACAGCGGCAGACAGAGGGGGAGAGAGGCUGCACAUCGCACAAACCACCGGGCUUUGGAUCCGUUUCGGCCGGGCGGCUGCUUGGAGUGGUCGCCUUCCUCUGCUGGAGGCAAACAGCAGUCUGGAUAACACUGAAGGGGAAGGAAUGAGUCAGAGAAAUAAUAAAAACAUCAGCUAAAGGCUAACUAAUACAAUAAAAAAAAUUUUAAAAAGGUGAGAGCGACAUCGUCUCGGAGGAGCAGAGCCGGGAGCAGAGGCCGGGCCGGACAGUGACCACAGCGGAGGAGCAGAGCCAUCAUCUGCGGACAGCCAUGGCAGAUGCAGAGCUGGACUUCCAGACCGGUGAUGCCGGGGCGUCUGCCACCUUCCCCAUGCAGUGCUCCGCGCUCCGCAAAAACGGCUUCGUGGUGCUCAAAGGUCGACCCUGCAAGAUCGUUGAGAUGUCCACCUCCAAAACUGGCAAGCACGGCCACGCCAAGGUUCACCUGGUUGGCAUCGACAUUUUCUCCGGUAAGAAGUAUGAAGACAUUUGUCCUUCCACCCACAACAUGGACGUCCCCAACAUCAAAAGAAUGGAUUACCAGCUGAUUGGGAUCCAGGACGGCUACCUCUCCCUGCUCCAGGACAGCGGGGAGGUGAGAGAGGACCUGAAGCUUCCCGAGGGAGACCUGGGAAAGGAAAUCGAGAGCAGGCACGAAGCCGGAGAGGAGAUCCUGAUCACUGUUCUAAAUGCAAUGGACGAGGAAGCUGCAGUCGGUAUAAAAGCCUUGGGUAAAUAAGCCACAGCAGAUACAAACGAGACGCACUGGACCUGGAGGAAAAGGAGAGGCUAAUGCAUCGUCCACGCUAGUCUCCCUCCCUUCUCUGUCUCUUUCUUUUCUCCAUUCUUGCUUUCCGCCUCUUUGGGUUCAACUAGACGACUUGAAUAAAUAUCUGGAAGCAACUAAAAAAAAAAACUAUUAUUGAUGUACAUGCACACAGAGUCCAGGCGGGAGUCCCAGAGUGGAUCCACAAAUGUGGUGUAGCAACGCCACCUUCAGGGACGAGCUGUAAUCACGCUUCUGUUUGACAAACUUCUGCUGAAUCAAGGGCUUCAUCUCCAGAUCUACAGCGAGAGGAAACGAUUUCAGAGAGAUGCCGAGCGUAUUCUGCCGGUGUUCAAAGUUAUUUAUUGAGGAGAUGUUGUGCAGAAACCUUCACGGCUCUCCGUAGAAACGAUUCAAAUGUUAUUUAUUGUGCUCCCAGGUUCUGAUCCAGGAUCUGUGGACGAUCUUUGGCAAGUUUGGUUCCGUCUCUUGUGUUCGUACAGCCGAACCGUGCAGAAUCUCCGCAAGACCAACACACAAAAAAAAACAAAGCUAAACGUAAUAAAGAUGAUGCAAACUGA